CCAAGGCAACCUCGCCGUGAUAUCAUCACUUGUACAACUCAGCCUCCAACUUUUUACCUUAUAUGGUCAUGGAAGCUUCUUUUUAUCCAUAUAUGGUCACAUGACCUGUGAGUGACACCAUGCCCUCAUUAGUAUGCGGUAACCAUGGCAACCACAUGAACAGAUGUUAUAUUAGGGAGACAGCGGGUUCAAAUUUCAUUUCAAAGUUAAACUUGCAUCGAGCAACAUCUCCUGACGAGAGCUCUGCAACCUUUCCAUAAAAACAAUGCAUUUCCAACCUUUUAUUGUUUUUCUUGUUCUUUUACAACAAUUUCUUUAUUCCUCCGAUCGUUCAUCACUGACCCAGACAGAAAUCCUGGUACCAGAUGAAUUUCAAUUCGGAGAUGUAGAAGCGACCAUUGAAGAGACCAUUGAAGAGACCAUUGAAGAGACCGGCCUUCAGUUAUUCAGUUCAGUUAUAGUGAUGGUUCUCCUCAUGUUUAUCUGCCAAUUAGGCAUGGACUGGUAUUCCAGUUACACCAGCCAGACCAGCCAAAAGAAGCUUCUAGAAGCAAGGAUCUUGGUCGCUGAAGGCUUACUGGGAGAAGAUGAACUAGAAAGAUGUCUUCCACAGAAAAAUCUCAGAAUAUUUACUGCCACUUGGAAUAUGAGUGGGAAAAAGGAUCUUCCAGACAGAUUGGAUGAUUUGCUAUUUCCAUCAGGCGCCAAAUCUGCACAAGACCUAUAUGUAAUUGGGGUACAAGAAGGCGGCCCCGACAGGCAAGAAUGGGAGUACCGUUUGCAGCGAACACUAGGUCACCGUUAUAUCUUGCUCCACUCAGCAGCUCACGGUGUCCUGUACCUGACUCUAUUUAUAAGACGAGAACUUGUGUGGUACUGUUCUGAGGUUGAAUGUGCAGCCGUCACCACCAGAAUGUUCCCGAUGAUCAAGACUAAAGGGGCUCUGGCUGCUUCAUUCACAUUUUUUGGAACCUCUUUCCUCUUCGUUAAUGUCCACUUUGCAGCAGGUGAUUCCAAAGUGAAGAAAAGGAUACAGAAUUACCACAAGAUCAUUAAAGACCUCCGGCUCCCUAAGAAUGUUCCCGACACGGACCCCAUUUACUCUGAUCCCAACGACGUGACCAGCCGAUUUGACGAGGUCUUCUGGUUUGGCGACUUAAAUUUCCGUUUGAGCAACAGUCGGAGUGAAGUUGAUUCUAUCCUACAGAACCUUCCAGGUAAUGACAUGAGGUCCCUCCUGCAGCACGACCAACUGUCAGCAGAGGUGAAUAAAGGAUCUCUGUUCAAAGGAUUUAAGGAAGGCGAAAUCCAUUUUCAUCCUACAUACAAAUUUGACAUCGGAUCUGAUGUCUAUGACACCAGCAAGAAACAGAGGACGCCUUCUUACACCGACCGAGUGUUGUACAAGAGCCGGCAUGAGGAAGACAUCCGUGUUCUGAAAUACGGCUCUUGCCCACUUAUGACACAAUCAGACCAUAAACCUGUUUUCGGGCUAUUCAGAGUGUGGAUAAGACCUGGAUCCGAUGAUAUCCUUUGAUGAGAUGAGAGAUGAGAUCCUUUGGCAGCCAGGCAGAACUACCCAAAAAAAAGCAAAAAAAACCAACAAAACAAAAAAACAGAAAAAAAUACAAACAAUACAAA